AUGAACGAGGUUUGUGAUACCCAGGGCUCCGAGAUGCUCGAAGAAACAAAACCAUCUCGGCAGAUGGACUGUGAAGAGAUCAGCGGUGAAGAGAGCUCAAGCUCCAAUGAUGAGUCUCAAUUCCCUCCGGCGAGCAAAGUCCUCUUGAUUGUUGUGGCAAUUUAUCUGGCUGCUUUUCUCGUGGCUCUUGAUCAGACCAUCAUUGGAGUUGCUAUUCCGAAAAUUACUGAUCAAUUCAAAAGUCUGUCCGAUAUUGGCUGGUACGGCAGUGCUUACUUCUUAACGUCCACGGCGCUACAACCUUCAUAUGGCCGAAUCUACAAGCUAUUUAGUGUAAAAUGGUCAUUCCUGGCUGCUGUCACUAUCUUUGAGAUCGGAUCGCUGGUCUGCGGCGUGGCUCCGUCUAGCACGGUCUUUAUCGUUGGCCGAGCAAUUGCUGGGGUUGGCGUUGGGGGUAUAUUUUCUGGCGCCCUCGUAAUCAUCUCCAGGACUGUACCUCUUGCGAAGAGACCGCUCGUCUUUGGUAUAUACGGCUUGGUGUGGGGACUUGCUUCUAUUCUUGGGCCACUACUCGGUGGAGCUUUUACCGAUAGGCUCUCUUGGAGGUGGUGUUUUUACAUCAAUCUUCCGGUGGGAGGAAUUUCUAUCGCAGUUAUUAUUUGGAUCCUUCAUAUUCCUCAUGGUACCAACGCUUCGGGAAUACCCUGGUGGAGACGUAUCGGGGAACUCGAUCUGGUGGGUGCCAGCCUGCUCAUCCCUGCCAUUAUAUGUUUGAUUCUUGCCUUGCAAUGGGGUGGAAAUACUUAUCCUUGGCGGAAUUCCAGGAUAAUCGGGUUGUUCGUGGGCUUUGGUGUCAUGGCAAUCCUCUUUGUAACCUCCCAGAUCUAUUUGGAGAGUAAUUCUGCAAGAUCUGGCACAAAGGAUGGCAGAAGUGGAAAGGCCACACUGCCUCCUUGGAUUCUCAUGCAGCGCAGCAUGUGCUCCGCUGCAAUCUUUGCAUUUUUCUUCAGUGGCGGAUUUUUCCUUUUGGUCUACUACCUCCCUAUCUUCUUCCAAUGUGCCAAAGGGUCUUCUGCCCUGACAUCUGGACUGCAGGUAUUACCAUUCAUGCUGGCUACCGUGAUCUCAUCGGUUAGCGUCGGCAUCCUAGUCACCGCAAUUGGUUAUUACACGCCGUUUCUAAUUGCCAGUAGCGCCCUUGUUGCUAUUGGAGCAGGUCUUAUUACCCUUUACGAUGUCGACAUCUCCACUGGAAAAUGGAUUGGAUAUCAGAUUGUGCUUGGCAUGGGCACAGGAGCAGGUCUUCAAGUCCCAAUGACUGCCGUACAGACAGUUUUGAAGCCGGAGGACAUUCCAGUCGGCACAGCUGCCAUUACGUUCUUUCAGACAUUGGGUGGAGCCAUCUUUAUUGCCGUCGGCCAGUCAGUCUUUCAGAAUGGCCUUACGGCAGCUAUACAUGACCACGCUCCCGGUAUUGACCCAAGUGUGAUUAUUCGUGCUGGGGCAACUGAUUUGAGGUCUACGUUGGCUACUUUGGGCCAGCUUGAUAUGUUGCAGGGGGUAAUCGAAUCCUACGUCGAAGGGUUGCGGAACACGUACCGUCUAAGCCUGGCAUUGCUGAUGGUAGCCUUUGUGGCAGCUUGCUUUCUGGAAUGGAGGAGUGUCAAAGCCAGUGGUAAAAGCGACGAUCAAGACGACUCGACGGUGGUUAGUUCGUGA